UUGCAUCUUGAGAAGUUAAGAGUAGAGUAAUUCUCAUUACCUCAAACGCUUCUCAUUAUAAGGCGUGAUCUUGUGAAAAAAGUUUUAUAAACAUUUUGGAUCUAUUUUCUGAUUCUAGAUUCUACUGAGUCGUCCAAUAAAUAUCUAUUAUGAUGUUAGUGACUUUGAAACAAACUGGUGGGAUAGUGAGUUUAUUACAGAAUGUUUGUGUUGGCACAAUGUUUAUCGACAGAGGCAUAAUUCUCGGCCAUUAACAAUGGCACCGCAGAAGAAAUAACGUCUUAUUCCUUGGAUUAAGUGAAUCUUCUUCAGAUUCUUCGUCGGAGCGACUAACAGAUGAUAUGAAACGAGUGCAGAAUAUCUGUAACAGUCUGGCAAAUAAUGUUGGGUUUUUAUCCUGCUCCAGAAUUGAUCAUAUCAUCUCUAAUUCUGGAGAAAAAGAAGAAAUCAAUUCCUACACUUCCGAUAAACCUUUCGAUUGUGCAAGACCGCACAGAACUACAGAGGAAGGAGCAGAAACUAGUCCGUCAACAACUUCUGGAGAGGACAGCAGCUGGGGAGAAGAAUUUGAGGAUUGUCACUCGAAAUGGUCAACCGACCAUAGUUCAGGAUCGUCGAACUAUUUCAGCGUCGACUCCGAGAAUAACAACAGCCUAAACCUUAGAUCUUCAGGCCUAACAUUAUACUAUCAGAAUGUUAGGGGAUUAAAUUCUAAGCUGGAUCAAAUUUAUAGUAAAAGUUUUAUGGCUGAGUAUGACCUUUUUGCUUUCUCUGAGACAUGGCUUAAAUCUGGUGUUUUUGAUAAUGAAAUUUUUAAUAAUAAUUAUUCUGUUUUUAGAUGUGAUAGACGGGAGGAGUUCAGGAGGUCGGGUGGAGGUGUACUAAUUGCCUGCAGGAAUUCUCUUAAUGUAGCACCUUUAAAGUUUAAUAAUAUCCUUAAAGAAUUUCUCCAGAUUGAGAUAGUAGGUAUUCAAAUCAUUAAUCAUGGUCUUAAAAUUCACUUAGUGACUAUAUAUAUUCCACCUGAUCUGCCUGCACAAAUCUAUUCUGACAUCCUUGAGCUUCUCUCGUCUGACCCUGUCAUGGAUGCUGGAGCACUGGUACUUUUGGGUGAUUUCAAUUCUCCGUAUUUUUCUGACUCUCUUAAUGGUGGUCUGGAUAUGAAGGCUGACAUACUCAUUAAUUUCUCCCUACUAAACAAUUUAAAUCAGUUCAAUGAUGUUUUGAACAUCAAUGGUAGAAUACUUGACUUAGUGUUUUCAUCGGUGGAUUGCUUAGUUGUGGAGGAACAAUCGCCUGUGGUAAAACUUGAUACUUAUCAUCCGGCGUUGAGGAUACUUGUCUCUGCUAACGUGGUAAGAAAUAGAUACCCUCUGAAAAAGGCGCUAGGUAAUUAUAAUUUUCAUAAAAUGGACAGAUUGCGUCUUAUAUCGGAACUUGAACUUAUAAGUUGGGAACCAUUACACGAUCUUCAUUCUCCGAAUGAAAAAUGUAAAUAUCUUUACAAUAGUUUAGAUUCGGCAUUCUCUAAAUCUAUACCUAGCAUUACUAAUCUAACAUACAGGCCAUCCAAAUAUCCUCCUUGGUUUACCUCUGACAUCAUUAAUGACUGUAAGGCCAAAGAACAAUCUCGUCGUAAACUUAAUAUGGAUAAAUCUUAUAACAACUCUCAACAAUAUAAGCAUUUCAGAAAAACUCUAAAAGUAAAAAUUAAAUCAGCAUAUAAUAAUUACAUAAAACGUACUGAGGAUAAACUAAUUUCGGAUCCCAAGUCAUUUUGGAAUUAUAUUAAGUCUAAAAAAAAUUGCAGUCAAUUUCCCAGUAGCUUUUUAUUAGAUGGUAUCUAUGUAGAUGAUUCUGAAAUAAUUGCUAACUCUUUUGCCAAAUUUUUCAGUAGUGUAUAUGAAAAAUUUGAUGAUGAUGUGUUCUCCUAUCUUACAGUCAAUAACAGAGUACUUUUGGGUGGUAUUGAGUUACCUACUGAGCUUGAUAUAAUGCGGUGUAUAAAUAAACUUCCCAAUAAAAUGUCAUCGGGACUAGAUGGUAUCCCUUGUAAAGUAGUAAAGGAUUGUUCCAGUGCAUUAAUCCUACCUCUAAAAAUUAUCUUCCAUGUCUGUCUUACUAAGGGUAUUUUUCCUGACAUGUGGAAAACUUCCAAAGUAUGUCCAAUUCACAAAUCCGGGGAUAAGUCACUUAUUGAUAAUUACAGACCUGUCUCAAUCAUACCUGCAUUUGCUAGGAUUUUUGAAAUGAUUUUAUAUGAACAUUUACUUUCAUACUUUACUCCAUAUAUUACACCUUCACAACAUGGCUUUCUGAAGAGAAGGUCUGUGGUAACGAAUCUGCUUCCAUACACUCAAUUUAUUUCAGAUAAUAUUUCGAAUGGGAAACAGGUUGAUGUUAUACACACGGACUUCUCUGAAGCCUUUGAUAAGGUGGAUAUUCAUAUACUUAUUGACAAAUUAGUAGAUCUUGGCAUCCCUGGACAGCUAGUCAACUUAAUGAUAUCAUAUCUCUCAAAUAGAAAAAAUUAUGUACUUUUUAAUGGUUAUCUAUCUCAUGUAUUCUAUUCAACGUCUGGAGUUCCGCAAGGAUCUAAUCUUGGUCCGUUAUUGUUUAUUAUAUUUAUUAAUGACGUUGGAUUCUUGCUAUCGGUUUACAUUGAUCUAUUUGCUGAUGAUGCCAAGAUCUAUCAUGUCAUACGCAAUUCCAAUGAUUGUGAAUUCUUACAAUAUAAUCUGAAUAUAUUUGCCAGUUGGUGUAUGGAUAAUAAACUUUUUCUAAACAAGACUAAGUGUAAAAUAAUAUCAUUUCACAAAUCUAACUGUUCAAUUUUAUUUGAUUACACUAUUGACAGCAAGACUUUAGAUAGGGUCCAAACAGUUAAUGAUCUAGGCAUAACUUUUGACUACCAGUUAACUUUCUAUGAUCAUUACACAAAUCUUGUACGUUCAACGACUAAAAUUCUCGGUUUUGUGAUUCGGUCUUCCAAAAAAUUUAAGAACCUGAAUGCCGUUAAAGCCCUUUAUAUAUCACUUGUUAGAUCAAGAUUAGAAUAUGCAUCUGUAGUGUGGUCACCAACUUAUAAAAAGCAAAUCAGUCUCAUUGAAAAAGUCCAGAGAAAAUUCGUCAAAUACUUUUUAUUUAAAAAAUAUGGAGUUCAUCCUGAUAGGGGAAAUGAUUACCUGGCCAUGUGUGCAGAGACAAAUCUUUUAACGUUGGAAGAAAGAAGGAUCUGUGCUUCUGUACUUAUUAUGACGAGCAUUCUGUCUAAUAAUAUAGAAUGUCCCAGAUUCCUUGAAAUUAUACCUAUACAAGUACCUCAAAGAUUACUACGCUCUGAUCAGCCUUUCUAUCCACCAAAAAUUAAAAAUAAUUUCACUUCAUCAUCACCAUUAUAUAGAAUGAUUGAUGCAUGUAACACUAUUGUACGUCAAAGUAAUAAUUUUGACCUGCUUGAGUCUUCUUCAUCAAUUAGUCCCAGUGCCCUUGCAUCACUGGUAGUUAACACUAGAUGAAAAUAGUAUCACUAAAACAAUUAGGUUUGUAAAUUAUAUCUUUAUAUUAAUAAUAAUGUAAAUUAUAUCUUAUAUUAUGUAAUAAUUUCAUCCAGCAUUAGUGUAUUAAUGUAUUAAAAUUUCUUUAAAAUUCUAUGUAAGUUUCUGUUAUUAUUGAAUAACUCAAUAAUUGUUAAGUAUUUUGCUAACCGUUAACGCGCCUCUUGUAUUACAUAUUGUAAAUCAGAAUUCUCUGUAAUUGGCCUUCGGGCUGUUGAGAUGUUUUCAAGUAAUAAAUAAAUAAAUAAAUAAAUA